AUGGGUCGCAUCCGUAUAGUCAAGCUUCUUCUUUCUGCUGGCGCGGAUCCUUUCAAGGUUACGACCACCGGGACAACUGCACUCAUGCGUGCGGUGUCAUAUGCGAACAACUACGACAUCCGCAAGUUUGCCGAGCUUUAUGAAUUACUCCAUCGUACCACACUCAACAUUGAUUCGUACAACCGCACCGUCUUCCACCAUAUUGUUGACCUUGCCAUGACCAAGGGCAAGAUUCAUGCGGCUCGAUAUUAUAUGGAGACGGCUCUAGCUCGCCUAUCCGACUAUCCGAAAGAACUUGCAGACAUUAUCAACUUUCAGGACGCAGAUGGAGAAACGGCGCUCACUAUGGCCGCACGAUGUCGCAGCAAGCGACUCGUCAAGGCGUUGCUAGAUCAUGGUGCGGACCCACAUCUCAAGAAUAACGAUGGAAAGUCUGCAGAAGACUAUGUGGUCGACGACGAGCGCUUCAGAUCAUCUCCUACCAUCGCCGCAAGGACGCUCUUUCGCCUUGGCGCGCUCGACCCCAGGACACAAGAGUUGCCAGCUGUACGGCGAGCAGGAGACGAAGUGUUUACGGAGAUGACGCAAAGAUUUGACGAGCUACUGGUGUGCUUAGAUGGUGAGCUCAAGUAUCGUGAACGGGAGCUCUUCCAGGCAAAAGGCAUUCUCGCACAGUUGGAGAAGGAGGUCGAAUCAACACAAAAAUCCAUUGAUGAACUCAAAAACCGGGAUUUGCAAUUACUAGGUGGGAGGAAGCCACAGUUGGAGACCCUCCAGUCAGAGGUCAUCGACAUUACAAUCCGACGAAGCAAGACGGGUAUGCUGCAAUGGCUCUGUGAAGAAGACCAGUGGGAAAAGAUGGUUUGGGCUUCUGGUCGUGGAUUGACCCGAGAGACAAUUGCAUUUUCCCCAGAAGCUGUGGUCAAGGGCUCGACACCGGAUGAAGAUGCUUCAGAUUUGAUGGAGCUAUGUUCAGACAUCCCACGCUCGCAAGUCGAACAGGACGAACAAUGUCAGAAGCUCAGGGCAGAGAUUGAAGCACUGUCGCAACAAACGGACCGACUCGUCAAUGAGUACGCUCACUCAUUGACAGAGUCUUCCGACGUUGGAAAGAUUGGCAACUAUCGAAAGCUGCUGACGGCGGCGGUGCCUGGAAUUUCAGGUCCAGAGAUUGACGCUAUGCUAAGUCAAGUUCUUCAGACGCUCGAGGCAGUGUAA